AUUUUUGAUUAUUAUUUUUGCGUGAUGUUUUUUUGCAGGAAAGCUACUAACUGAAACUAACAAAGUGAUUAUUUUUGCAGGAAAGCUACUAACUGAACUCCUCUGCCGAUUCAUGCAAUGCAGUGACUGUCACAAACUAGCUGUAGAAUCUGUGAAGCGCGAAAACGCCCGGCGAGGCAUAGCAGACAAGGUCAAUCUUGCGUUAAAGCAAUUUUAGGCAAGCAUCUAACUACAAAAUCUGGCUUUGCAUCGUGUUUUACGGGGAGGGCUACGCAACCGAACUGUAACAGAAGUGGAGCAACCUUUCUUUCUUGGCGAUCUUGGCUGCUCACGAUAUUCUGGUCAUCGCUUCGCUCAUUGUGUUAAAUGUACAAAGCAUACAAUUUGUUGAGGCUGAACUGUCUUAAGUCUUAUUCCUUAAGAAAAUAUUCCUCGACCCGCCACAAACAAAUGGGAACCCAUUCGUCUAACAAUAUUGUAUGGAUUGAUUUAGAAAUGACUGGUUUGAACGUAGAAAGGGAUAGGAUUAUUGAAAUAGCUUGUAUUAUUACCGACAGUGAGUUAAAUAUUACAGCAAAGGGACCAAAUAUAAUUCUUCAUGAACCAGAUAGCGUGUUGGAAAGUAUGAAUGAAUGGUGCAAAAAACAUCACCUUCAAACAGGCUUGGUUGGGGCUGUUAAGGAAUCGAGAAUCACCUUGGAGCAAGCGGAAAAAGAAAUAUUAGACUUUAUUAAACUGUACUGUCCUCCGAAAACUUGUCCAAUGGCCGGCAAUAGUAUAUAUAUGGACAGAUUGUUCAUCUCCAAGUAUAUGCCUACGAUGAACGAUUAUCUGCAUUAUCGCGUUAUAGAUGUUAGUACCAUUAAAGAACUGUGCAAGCGAUGGAAUAAUAUCGCUUACUCGAGCGCCCCUCCUAAACGAUUAGUGCAUCGUGCUCUAGACGAUAUUUUAGAAAGCAUAGCCGAACUUACAUACUACAAAAAAAAGUUUUUUCAAACUACUACACUUUAAUGAGAUUUCCUUGGUAGAUUUUUCAAUUCAACACACUAGCAAUUUGCGAACGAAAUGAACAGAAUGAAUAUAGAUUUCCGCGUUAAUAGCUUCAUCGUGAAAGGCUUCAUCCAUUGUUAUGCUUAGUGUUUAAACAAUAUUUUUUGAUUUUCUUUUUUGAAUACAAUACUUAUGAUCAAAUAAAAAAGCUCAGAAAAGGAAUGUUAUUUGUU